AUGCCGCUUCACCUCCUCGGGAAAAAGUCAUGGAACGUCUACAACCCCGAGAACAUCGAGCGCGUCAAGCGCGACGAGGCCCAGGCCAAAGCCCGCGAAGAGGAGGAUGAACGUCGCAUGCAAGAAAUCGAUGCCGAGCGUCGGAUCCAGAUAUUGCGUGGAGAGCACCCGUCUACGCCCCCUCCGCCACCGCCCUCACACUCUCCCUCGGAGUCACAUCACAGAUCAGAGAGGAAAUACGCCGAUGGCGCAGGGCAGUACAGGAAGCGCCGACGCCUCGCAGGGGAAGAUGACACCGAUAGGGAUAUCAGACUAGCCCGGGAGGAUGCGACACAGGCCAGCGCUGCGAGAGAUAGACUCGCUCUUACCUCUAGUCGAGAUGGUAAAGAUGCACAGGUACCGCUGGUGGAUAGUGCUGGUCACAUCAACCUCUUCCCAGCCGAAAGUGGCAACAAGAAGGCAGAGAAGAACGCCGAAGCCGAAGCCGAGGCUGCGAAAAACAAGCAGAGCUACGAAGAUCAAUAUACGAUGCGGUUCUCCAACGCCGCAGGCUUCAAGGAGAAAAUCGGUCGCCAGCCAUGGUAUUCCUGUUCUGGACAGGAUCUGGCAGCGCCAGACUCCAUGCCCGAAAAAGAUGUCUGGGGCAAUGAAGACCCGCAGCGCAAAGAAAGAGAGAAAGCGCGCCUGGACUCCAAUGAUCCCCUCGCAGCGAUGAAACGCGGUGUUCGGCAGUUAAGAGCCACGGAGCAAGAGCGAAAACGAUGGAAUGAGGAAAAAGAAAGGAGCUUGAAGCAUUGA